AUGUCUAGCCCUCCAUCUCGUCUUAAGAACAUCCUCGGACACCUCCUCUCAUCCUCCACAGCCAAGGUCGAUGAGCCCCGUCCGAACCACCACAUACACCAGCUUUCGCCAACAUUCUUUCUAGAGCGUGCCGCCGCGAUAGAGCCCGAUGCGGAAGCCAUCUUCCAUGUGACAGCCAACGGCCGAACCCUGCGACGGUCUUACAUCGAGUUCGCAGACAGAGCGCGCGGCCUUGCCUAUUACCUGAAGAAGCACGGCUUCAAGAGGGUCGGGAUUCUUGCGCCCAAUACACCCGCCUUUCUCGAGUCCAUCUUUGGUAUUGCCGCCGCUGGCGGGGUUAAUGUGGGUGUCAACUACAGAUUGAAGCCGGAUGACAUCACCUACAUCUUCGACUUUGCCGAGGUCGAUUCAAUCAUCGUCGACCAGGAGUUCGUCCACCUGCUUGACGAGUUCAAGGAGAAACACCCCCAGGUCCCCUUGAUUAUUGACACUGAUACCGACUACACGGAGGGCGCCUUGAGUGGCCCCUUUGAUGAUGCCGUCUUGGAGGGCCUGCAGUAUGAUCAGCAACACGGUCAGGGUUGGGCCGGCCUUCACUCACAAUGUGGUAAUGAGGAUGAUAUGCUUGCCAUUCCUUUCACUUCAGGAACCACGAGUCGGCCCAAGGGCGUAGUCUACACACACCGCGGGGCCUAUUUGGCUGCUGUUGGAAACGUCAUCGAAUCAGGACUGAAUUAUCACACUGGCCGUUGCAAAUAUCUAUGGACUUUACCCAUGUUCCACGCCGUUGGUUGGACAUUCCCUUGGGCGGUAACGGCUGUGCGUGGAACGCACGUGUGCUUGCGAAAGAUUGACUACCCUCUCAUCUGGAAGUUGCUUAAGGAAGAGGGCAUCACACACUUCAACGCAACACCAACAGUCAACACCCUGUUAUGCUCAGCGAACGAGGCCGAGAAGUUGCCCCAAGAAGUGCGGGUGACUGUAGCUGCCAGUCCACCCAGUGCGCACUUGUUCGAGCAGAUGACAAACCUGAAUCUCUUCCCCGUCCAUGUCUAUGGCAUGACGGAGACCUACGGUCCCAUCACCAAAGGAUACCAUAUGCCAUCAUGGGAGACACUCCCAACAAACGAGAAGUACGCCAAAAUGGCUCGCCAGGGUCAUGGCUUCUUGACCAGUCUUCCCAUUCGAAUCAUUAAGACAGAUCAGCCGGAGGGUGUUCUUAUUGAUGUCGCCAAGGAUGGGAAAGAAAUCGGCGAGAUUGUAUUCUUCGGUAAUAUCUGCGCCAAGGAGUAUUUCAAGGAUGCCGAAGCCACCAAGAAGUUGUUCGAUGGCGGUGCGCUGCACUCUGGAGAUCUCGCAGUCUGGCAUCCCGAUGGAUCGGCUCAGAUUCUUGAUAGAGCAAAGGAUAUUAUCAUUUCAGGUGGCGAGAACAUCUCAUCGGUAGCCCUUGAGGGCAUGCUCGUACAACAUCCCGAUCUACUCGAAGCGGCCGUGGUUGCUGUGCCUGAUUCUCAUUGGGGCGAGCGUCCUAAAGCCUACGUGACUGUCAAAGAAGGCAAGAGCUUGAAGGGGGAAGACCUGAUUUCGUGGGCGAAGCACCAGAGCAACAUCUCCAAGUUCAUGGUGCCUCGGGAGGUUGAGGUUGUUGAUGAACUGCCCAAGACUAGCACUGGCAAGUUGAAGAAGAAUGUCUUGAGGGAAUGGGCCAAGGGAAAGAGGGAGUAA